GGGGCGACGGUAGUACAGUACAGCCCGUCUUGUCUGUAUGACCAGCAGGAGGAGGGGAAGGUGGCUUGUUGUAGUACUGGUCGCCUUUUAUCUGAGUAGCUUAAGAUCAAUUAGCUUUUAGAAUAAUGGCGUUGAGUCAGACUGGCGUGUUAAAAUUGUACAACAGUGUCAUUGAGGAUGUCAUCACUGGUGUCCGAGAAGCAUUUUUAGAUGAAGGAGUUGAUGACCAAGUAUUGCAAGAAUUAAAACAACUAUGGGAAAUGAAGUUAAAUGCAAACAAAGCAGUCGAAGUUCCAGAACCAUUGGACCCUGCUCCACCUCUUCUUGGUCAAAAGUCUAAUUCUAAAUCAGGUGGAUCAAAGAAGAGUCAGGCGGCAGCUGCUAAAGCUGCAGCUGCAGCUGCUGCUGCUGCCGUAGUCCCAACGGCAGCAGCAGAAAAUGCUGCCGAUGUGAAAGUUCCAAUAUCAGCCCCUGUUCAAUCAGUGGGAAUGAAUGCAAGUAACGGUGCAACACUAAUGCAGGGCUCAGGCACAAUGCCUCUAGGUCAAGGACUUGCUCAAAGUGGUGUUAGUCAAACAAUUACUACAGCCCAACAGCAGCUAGUCCGACUUCAACAACCUACUCUCCAAUCUACACAAAGUCAGGUUCCACUUAUGAAGAGUCAACCUGUGCAGCAACCCACUACUCAGACAACCCAGCAAACUACUCCGCAGGCACCUGCCCCAGCUUUUGCUUUGGCCUCUGAUCCUAACCGACAGGUACCUAUUCAAAUCACAUUGCCCCCGCAAGCUGGUGUUCCUGAUGCUCAACCUCGAGUACUUACAAUUCAUGUACCUGCAUCUGCAUUAACAGGUAACCAGCUACAGCAAGUUCUCACUGGUCCUGUCAUAUCCGCCACCAUGAAUCUGCCUUUGGCCCUGGCUUGUUCUCUAUUGCAACAACAUGUUAAUGCAGCUCUCCAGGGACAAGCUGCUAAUGCAGCAGCUCAGUUGCAGUCUUCUAAUAAUCAAAAUAAUGGAGUUACCACUUUUGGUCAUCAAAACCAAACCGCAAACACCAUAUCACAGUUAGAUGGAGCACUUGACACAUCUGAAGAAGAAGAUGACGAUGAUGACGAUGAUGAUGACUUUGAUGAAGAUGAUGACAUUGAUGAACAUGAGGAUGAUGAAAACAACGAAAACGAGGGUGGCGCUGAAGAAGAACCUUUGAAUUCAGAAGAUGAUGUAAGUGAUGAUGACCCUCAAGACCUUUUUGAUACUGAAAAUGUAGUUGUGUGCCAAUAUGACAAGAUUACUAGAACUCGUAACAAGUGGAAAUUUUAUCUGAAGGAUGGUAUUAUGAACUUAAAUGGUAAAGAUUUUGUCUUUCAAAGGGCAACUGGAGAUGCUGAGUGGUGAACAUGUAUGACCAAGUCAGCAAUGCUGAAUUUGGAAAGGCAACAGAGAAAUUGUAGAAAUGUCUCUUCUUUAAUGCAAUUUACCAAUGUGAAAGACCUGCAUAUUGUUUGGUCUGUUACCAAAGGGGAUGUGUUGAUGUGUUCACUGGUUUCUCAGCUAUUUGAUCUCUGUGAAGAUGAAAAUGGUUGUAAUUGUGGGUGUGCACAUUAGGUUCUACUGUAAGUAUUGUACAAUAAGUUUGUCAUUAAUCUUGUACAUUGGUAUUCAUGUCCAUCACUGCUGGAUCAGACUUCUUAGUUAUGUACGUAUGUUAAUUUCCCUGCAGAGCAGAUUGGCUGGCCAGUCAUUGGCUGCAUUUGGAGUGCUUUGUUUUCCAUUGCAUUGACUGGCGUUUCAGCUUGUACCUGCUUUAAUUCCUUUCCAUUUUUUGUGUGUUUUUUUUUUUUUGAACUGAUUUUUCUGGAUUGCCAGAAGUAGUCAUGUAUAUUGAUCAUUGAUCUGUCUUGUCAGCAUCCCCUUCCUGUAGGAUUUAUAUCUUAAGGGCGCAAAAGCCAAUCGUUCUUGCUAUUAAGUAAAACUAAUGUAAUUGUGAUAUUAACUAUCAGAAGAUAUGGCCCAUAGAACCUGUAACUUAUUUAAAUGCAUCACGCUGUAUUUCUAGACAUUGUUUGCUAUGUUGGUCACUAAUGAAAUAAUUGUUUCAGUUCUUGUUAAAAUUAAAUUGGUUUUCUUUAUAUCCUGGAACAAUGAACUCAAUUUUUAUUCUUUUGUAUUGUCAUUUUCAAAGUAUUCCUGCAUUCCUUAUCACAGUUGCUCAAAGUGGAAUGUAUGUCCAGUUUAUGUACAUCUGUAGAAUACUAGUGUCUUUGUUUUGUA